AGAGGGAGAGACGGAGAGGACUGCGGUGCAGAACAAACCUGGACCGUUCAGGACGUCUUUUCCUGACCUGUCAACAUGGAAGCCGAGCGUUAUCCCAUUAGUGUCAGUUUAGUUGGAGUGCUGCAUAAGGGGAAAAGCAAAAUGUACAUUUGCUCAGUGCUUUGGUCGGACCAGAACGAGAUUUUAGUUUACAGAAGUUUCAAGGAAUUCAGGAUAAUGCACAAACAAAUAAAGAAAAUUUUCCCAUCUGCAAGUAGAAUGAAAAAGUCAGAAGACAGAAUCCUCCCUAAAUUUCAAGCCAACAAGAUGAGGCGGAAGAGCCGUGGGAAGGGAACUGCCAAGGCACUGGUGCGCCUCAAGUUUUUACAGAAAUAUUGUAAUGAACUCCUGAGCAGCGAUCCACGUGUCCCUCAGUCUGCAGACCUCAUCAAGUUCUUCCACCCUAAAGUCCAGGAGCUGGAGCCAGAUUUCACCAAGAACAGUAUCAUGAUCAUGCCCUCAGACGAUGAGCUCAAGAGCAGCGGAGGGCACGGAAACAGCGGGAACGUCACCCAUCCGUUUGUCACAGAGACAUACAGAUGCGUGGCCCCAUACGAAACCAAAGACACCAAGAACAAACCUUUCAAAGUGGCUGUGGAUGAAAAAGUGGAUGUUCUCAUCAAAGACAAAGCAGGCUGGUGGCUGGUAGAAAAGGAGGACAGGCGGAUGGCCUGGUUCCCUGCACCUUACCUGGAGAAGCUCGAGGAUGAUGAGGAUGAAGAUGAGAUGGAUGGGACCCCAGAAAGAGGAAUGAUGUACACCGCAGUCAAGAGCUAUAAGUCCACCAAAGACGAUGAGAUAAGUGUAAACAUCGGUGUGGCGGUGGAGGUCCUGCAGCAGUCCAACAAUGGCUGGUGGCUCAUCAGGCAUGGAGGAAAAGUGGGUUACAUCCCUUCAAUGUACCUGAAGCCCUGCAGCUACCCGCACAUUCGGAGAACAUCCCAGCAUCAAGAUUUGCUCAGCUCCUCCACGCUCAACCUUCCCUCCUUGAGUCUGCAGGAGCAGUCCCAUCACAGCCGCUCCCAGGGAAACCUGCUGGAGAUCCGACCUGUCAGGUCCUCGUCACUCAUUCCACUUGAUGCAGAGAAAAUCCGGAGGUUCAGGUCGUGGAAUGAGCUGUCGGAACAACCACAUGCACGACCGGCAGGAAGUACCGCUGACUCAAUGACAACCAAACCUGCCCCUGUGCAGCAAGGUCCUCCACCCGCCAUCAUGGUGGAGAUGGAUGAAGAAGACAGUGGCAGGAACCUGACUGCAGACUCAGGGGACAGCUUCGGGAGUGACAGCAUCAGUGAUGAGUUUAGCUCUUCUGACACCGGCUCAUCCCUCAACCUGACAGCCAGUGAGGAUGGGCUGCGUCUCAGCCGCACGCCUCCGCCCAAAGCCGUCGACCACCUCAGCCCUACAAGCUACCAGGAGGGGAGAUUACUUCCCAGUGUGUCGGAUCCAAACCUCUACAAGGGCCCCAAAACCCCCACGGUGCCGCCCAGACCCCGUCCCCAGGACAUCCUCGCCCGCUGUGGCACCGUCACCCGCAAGAAGGCAGCCAGACGUGCACAGUCGCCCACAAAAACCGAGAUAAGCAGUCACUGACGUUCAAGAACAAGUUAGAUUUUUACAAUUCCUUUAAAGGAGCUUGAGGCAAGAAUAUGAAAUGACUCAUUAGCGCCACGGCGGCCGCCAGGGGUACUGCAGCCAACAGCGAAGCCGGCACGGGAGAACGCGCCUGCAGCGUCAUUUGACGUCACAUCCGCAGGACAGCGCGGGAAAUUCGGGCCCAGAAUUGCAGCACAUUUUGCAGCACACAGCCUGUUCAAGGCAACGGAGUGAUACACUAGAGGGCUCUUUCUUUUUGGUUUGGAACGCUUCAUCUGACAUUAUUACUAGAAAACUUCAAACUUAUACGCAUUUUUUUUCAUAAAUCCUGCCUCAAGCUCUUUUAACCAGCAUUUUACGAUAUUAGAGGGUGGUUU